AUGCAGAAGAUCCCCGAUGGCUCCCGGCCCAGCUUGUCUGCCCCUACUCCAGCCCCCCGUUCCCGCGUGCAAGUGGGGACACCGAUUCCCCCGUUCAGGAGGACAACCAUCGUGCCGCCGGGAACGGUGCCAGUUCAACAGACCCCUCGCUCCAGGUUGACACGACAGAGCAGGGCCCCGGCGUGGGGGCUACUGAAGGCGUUGACUUCCCAAGCUGAAUGUCUGGUGCAGGAGCGUGGUGGGAACGCUUCUGAUCCUGCUACCCUGUUCCUGGUUAUGAUGGUUGUGGUCACCUGCCAGGUGGGUGUGAUGGUCGGUGAUGGAUCCCCCUAUUGGGCCUAUGUGCCUGACCCCCCCUUUUUAAGGGUGGUGGUCUGGGAUGAUCCCUUGGUCCUGUAUAUGUUAGUAAUGCUUCUUUACUUGGGACCCCGCAACUUUCAUUAUAAUGUCACAAUAGCAUCCCAAAAUGGAUCUGUGCAGUCAGGGUUCUUUACUGAGUAACAUCUGGAUUGUCGGCUCUUCCCAGUCUCUGGCAAGCAGAAAGGCAGGACAGAGCCGCAGGGACCCUGGGAAACGGCAGUCUUUGGAAAUGAGACCUUGGAUACAGAGAUUGAAGACUUGACAGGGAAUGAGAAGGAUCUCAGAAGGACCCUGGUGAGGUCCUCCAGAAAGGGAAUGGAAAAGUUACUGGGGUUGGGGGCAGCCUCCUAUUCCCUCCAGGAAAUCAGGCGCUGUGAGAUCCAUGAAGACAACAGCACCCAGGGCUUUAGGAAUUUCAGGUACACUGGGGAGUUCUUCCUCUCCCAAAACCUGAGGUCUCCACCCCUGUCCCUGAGAGCUCAGACCUUGGUUGAGAACAUCAAGAAUCUGGAGGAGUUGAGCCCCAGGGUGAGAUCAGCCUUGCAGAAAAUCUGGGGGACCAUGGUGAACAUAACCCACUGUUAUGUGGGUGAAGCUUUGGAGGGCUACAUCACCCUGACCUGCUGUGCAUUUGGAUUUUAUCCCCAGAAUGUCUCCCUGACCUGGAAUCAGGCUGGGGCAUCUUUGAGCCAGCAGGAUGCCCAGCAGUCUGGGGAUGUCAUGCACAAAGGGAAUUGGCACUAUCAGACCUGUGUGGCCACCAGGAUUCCCCAAAGAGAGGAGCAGAAGUUUGCCUGCCACAUGGGACGUGGUGGGAAUCACAGCACUCACCCAGUGCCCUCUGGAAAGGCCUCAGUGCCUCAGAGUCUAUGGUCAGCCACUCCAUAUGUUGCAGCUGUUACUGUUGUUGCUGUUAUUCUUAUUCUCUGUGUCUAUUGGUACAAGAAGAAAAAGGUGACAUCAGCUGCAGAGAGUCCAGGGGGCCACUACCUGGUAAGUUUGGAGUAA